GCAGUGCUUAAGAUCCUCCCGGGACCCGCUGGGGUGGUUGAGGUGGAGAGAGGUGAAGCACCUGGACUGAGGCUUGCACCCUGAAACUGCUGAUAUCGGGGAUCAGACCCCAGGAGCGCUCCAGGCCUCCUGGACCGGAUCUGGGGGCGAGGAAGGGCCCAAGACUGCAUUUUACAGCCCCCUGCUCAUUCUGCUUUGAGACCUCACGGACAGUCUCCGAAUCCUGUCUGCUGCCUGGCACCGGUGCCGAGUUUUCCUUCCAGAACCUUCUCUCUGUGUGCACUGUGCACAUUUAAUUAUGAGAAUCAGGCACCUGCAGUCAAGUGCAGCCACCCCGGCAGGGGACCUUCCAAAUCCUCCGUGGUGAUGGCACAUCUCUGGGGUCCCUGCUCCUGUUCCACUGCCCCUCGGGCCACCACAUGGUGGGGCCCGGCCUUGUCACCUGUGCCUGGAAAGGGAGCAUCGCCCAGUGGUCUUCAGGGACCCCCACGUGCAAGGCCGUGCCCCUGCAUGAGACCUUUGGCUUCAAGGUGGCUGUGAUCGCCUCCAUUGUCAGCUGCGCCAUCAUCUUGCUCAUGUCCGUGGCCUUCCUCACCUGCUGCCUCAUGAAGUGCAUGAAGAAAAGCGAACAGCGGCGCUCAGACAGGGCAGCCCAACUGUGGUACCAGCUCCGAGGCGAGGACUUGGAGACUGUGCAGGCCUCGUACCUGGGCAUUAAGGGCCUCAACAACAACAGCAAGCCUGGGAGCCGGCUGUGCCCAGCAGAAGGGGCCAGGCAGGCGCACGACAACCACAGCUUCACCACGGACCUUGGCGAGGGCACCAGAGAGCUGGCCGGUGGGCCCUGCGGCAUGGACAAGGAUCCCUGGACCCCUGGGCCUGGCGCCCUGAGCCCCCGCAUCCCCUCUGGUUUACCCCACGCCCAGGUGAUGGUGCACAUGGAGAGCCCGGGGUGGACAGCACCUGGCUCUGGACCUGCCACAGCCACACCCAGACAACCUGCAGUCUACAGCCUGGGGUAAUGGCGACGCCAAGGCCUGGCUGGGACCUGGGAGGGUGAACGGACGCCACCAGCCCAUCACCCAGACCUUGACACACAUCUGGCUGGAGAUCGGGUGACAUUGGCUUCCGGGAGCAGAGGUGCUUCAGAGGGCUGAGGUGACACCGGAGACAGGUGUGACUCUGGGUAGUGGGGCCGUUCUGUCCCAAGUUAGCAGUUUUCAUAGAUGUGGCUUCUUUGAAACCACAGCUGAGGUUCACACACUAGCUGUAGCUGCCCUCUGACCCGGGUUCCUUCAAAGAGACUGGGAGCGGUUUUAAGAAACUCUAGUUUUGCAUAGUUGAAUAAGAAAACAGCAAUAAACUUUUUUGGCAAUUACAAA